AUGAGUUAUCACCCCAAUACUUCUCUUCACUUAAAUCUCCCAGACGACAAUAAUGCUCCAUUACUGAACCUAAAUCUUCUUCUUGAGCCUUCUUCUUCUUCUCCUUCUUCCAACUCCAAGGAGCCCAGGAUAUUCUCGUGCAAUUAUUGUCAGAGAAAAUUUUACAGCUCUCAAGCUCUAGGGGGUCACCAAAAUGCUCACAAGCUUGAACGCACGCUAGCCAAGAAAAGCAGAGAGUUAAUAGCUAGUUCUUCUUCUUCUUCCAUUGAACCCUACAAUAAUGGCGGUUCAGGAGGAUCAGACCAGCACCGCUCCAGCUUCAGCGCACCGAACCAUCUCAGCCAUCGGGCCGGGUCAUCGGGGCUUGGCCUGCUCGUGAACCAAGAUCAAGGUGGGAGAAGGACGACGGCGACGGAUUUUAGCUAUGGUUCCAAGGAAAUUGUUCAGGAGGAUAUUGGCCAGCUUGAUCUCUCUUUAAGGCUCUAG